AUGGACUCAGUUCUCUGUGAUGAGUUGCUUCAGGAAAUCUUCCACCGCCUUCCGCCGCUGUGUUCCGCCAAAGUCUCCCUCGUUUGCAAGCGGUGGCUCCGCCUCCUCCGAUCAUCCACCUCCUCCCUUACUCUCUACUUCAGCCCCACUUCAUACAAUUCCACCACCAUUAAUUCACUUUCAUCCUUUCUAAGCGAACACCCUUGUCUUUUUUCACUAUCUCUUACCCUCCCCACCGACUGCCCCACCUCCUCAGCCGUUCAUGUCCUCCUUUGUGCAGCUGCUUCUUGCCCCAAUCUCAGGCUCCUCCGAUUUCUGAGCACCCCAGUAUCGCCCUUCUCUCUGUUCAACCUCUCCAAUUCGUGUAAUCACCUCUCUUCUCUCACUAUCUCUCUCUCUAGACCCCUCUAUUUCCAUUGGGUUAAGUUUUUCAACUCUCUAAAACACCUUUCCCUCUUUCUUGCAAACCCUUCAACUCAAUUUAAUUCACUUUAUGUCAAUGAAAUGAACGAAAUUCUUGAUGUUGAACUGGGUUUAGAGAGUCUCUCUUUAUCCGGUAUUCGACCGGGGGAUUUUGGGCUUAAUUUUCUAUGGAGAAACUGUAAGAGCAUCAAAAAACUUCAGCUGAAGAGCUGUGAAAGUUUGGGUGAUAACGCUUCUUUUUUGGGUUUCAUUAUGCGUCAAAAGGGUCUUCAAGAAGUGGAAUUGAGAACUUGUAGGAGUAUUGUUGAUGGGGUUCUGAUGAAAUUGGCUGAGAAUUGCAUUUCUUUGGAUUUUCUGUUGGUUUACGAUGGUGGUGGUAGCGAAGGUUUGCAUCAAUUCAUAAGUCAAAACAAAUGUAAAUUGAGAAAACUUGAUUUUCGGUUGCCUCUUGAUCUUUAUGACGGUCAUUUGAUUGCCAUAUCCGAGAAUCUGAAUUUUAGGAGUUUGGUGAGUUUAAGGUUGCAAAGUUGCUGUCUUGUUACUGGUGAGGGAUUAAAGGCUCUUGGGAGGGUUAUGGGCAAUGUGCUUGAAGAACUUGCAUUGAUUAAUUGCGAUAUUGUGGAGAGAGAAUCCGGGCUAUUGACCACUUUAGGACAGGAUUUGAAGAGGUUAAGGAAAUUAGACUUGUCUUAUAAUGAAAUGUUGCUCGACAGGGAGUUCAUAUCAAUGCUCGUUUCUUGUAAUUGCUUGAGUGAACUUAAAUUGAGGGGUUGUAAUAGGUUGACUAGCUUAUCGGUGAAUUCGAUGAUUAGGAACUGUAAAUUGUUGCAGAGCGUUGAUAUAACAUCCUGUUGCGGGAUCGAGGUGGAGGCAGUUGAAUUAUUUCUGUUGAACACCCCGCAGUUGAGAAAAGUGCAAGUCGAGCAAAGCAAAAUUUCCAAUGUUGCGAGAACAUGGUUGAUGAAUAAAUUCAUCGAGGUGGUAGCUUGA